AUGGGUAUAUGGAAGGAUCUUUGGCCCGAUAAUAACAAAAGAUUCCGCCCAUCUAUAUUUACAAUGUCAAAUUCAAAGAAAGAUGUCUUCUUAAGAACUUUGAAGAAUACUAUUGUUCCUGAUGGGUACUCAAGUAGUAUUUCUAGGUGCGUUAACCUAAACAAUCGAAAACUUUUUGGAAUGAAAAGCCACGAUUGUCAUGUUCUUAUGGAGCAAAUACUACCUAUUGCCAUACGAAAUGUCCUACCAGACAAGGUGACUGCAGUGCUAGUAGAGUUUUGUUCAUUCUUUCGUGUGUUAUGUGCCAAGAGUUUAAGUCAUUUAGAUCUUGAUAGGCUCCAGUCUCGGAUCAUUCUCACUCUUUGCCACUUAGAAAUGUUAUUUCCUCCUUCAUUUUUUACAAUCAUGGUUCAUUUGACUUGUCAUCUUGUCGGUGAAGCAAAACUUGGAGGUCCAGUACAAUAUCGUUGGAUGUAUCCUAUUGAGAGGUACUUGGGACAUUUAAAAUCUUAUGUUAGGAAUAAGGCACAACCUGAAGGUUCUAUUGCUGAAGGAUACCUUGCCGAGGAGGUUCUCACAUUUUUCUCUCAAUACAUAGAUGGGAUUGAGACUCGAAUUAAUAGACCUACACGUGUUGAUUAUUAUCCCGGUGAAAGAGAUUUAUCACACACAUCUUCAAUUUUUCCAUCUAUGGGUAGAGGAGUAAGAGCUUUCUCAACCUUUGAUCUAUCAACCAUGGAGAAAACUCAAGCACAUCGAUAUGUAUCGUUAAAUUGCCUUGAAGUCAAGCCUUAUAUUGAUGAAUUUAAGGACUAUAUACGGAGGCGGUCUAAGGGGAGAAGGCCGACAACAACAGAGAUAGAGAAAAUGAUUAGGAAAGAUUUCAUUGCUUGGUUUCCUCAAAGGAUUAUGAACCCCGACAUAUCAAAUGCAGUGUCAGAUGAUCUCAAGUAUCUUGCAAAAGGCCCAACAACACAGGCUAGAAGAUAUUCUGCAUUUAAUAUUAAUGGAUUCAAAUUUCGAACCUUAGCAGGAGAGCAUGGGUUAAAAACCCAAAAUAGUGGAGUUUAUUUAACAUCUUCAACAUCUUGUGUUGCUAGUAGUGUCGAUGGGAACUUUAGAGAAGCUGAUUUUCUAUAUUAUGAAAAAUUAGAAGAUAUAAUUGAGCUUAACUACCAUGGUAGAUUUAAAGUUACUCUAUUCAGAUGUAAAUGGGCUGACACCACUAGGGACAGAGGGUUCAAAAGAGAUGCUUGGGAUGAGUUGAAUAAAGAUUGGAGUGUUGUUGUCCAUUUGAAGCCAAGGGACUUGUAUGAUAUGGGAGAUCAAAUAGAUAUUGAAGUUUAUCCUGAGCAAGACUUGGAUCAAUUUUUUGGGGACUCUGAUGAUCUAUCUUUGACAAGGGAGGAUGAACAUGAUGAACUAAUAAGUGAAGGGCAUUUGAAUGUUAACAUUGAUGGAGAUGACCUUAUGUCAGAAGAAGGGCAAUGA